AUGUUACCAUUAUUUCAGAUAAUAAUAAAACAACUUUAUUAAUUACAAUAUUAAGUCAUACAUAAUGUCAUAUAUCAUAUUACAUAUAGCAUCAAAUAAUAGGAUUUAAGGGCACUAAUCCUAACAUCCUACGCCUCCACUGCCUCCAUCUUCCUCAAAGAGAAAACCUUGAUUGAGAGAACCACUUGUAAGGUCUAUGUGGAUCUGUCAGAUUUGGGGAAGUAUUUCAUAAUUUUAGGGACCCAAUCACUCAAAGAUGUCUUUAGCAAAUCCCAAGGCAAAGAUGUUUCGAACCAAAGGACUUUCACAUUAUAAUUUGCUUGGACUUAUAUUUAAUGAGUCUACAGCUACUGGGGUCCUACACUGUUCAUCCACCCAAGACCCUCCUAAUUUUGAUGAAGAGAAUGCAUUGGAAGAACGACUCAUUCAUGGGGGAGUUCAUGUUAAUUUAGAAAGUCCUACCCAAGACUCUGUCAUGGCAAUUCUUGAGUCCGACAUUACAACUCGAUUGAGCAAACGUCCUAGUAAGAGUAAGCGAGAGCUAAUGAGCUCCCAAAUGAAUGAUGCCUUACAAUCAAUGGCUAAGGCCGCUAAGGCUAGGAUAGAGGCAUCUAAAGCAAAGGCUGAGAGGUAUAAGAGGUAUACCUUUGAUGAAGUUAGUAGCAGUAUUGCACUUACAAAUGACUUCUCCUUAGGCAAGUGCAUUAAUAUCCUUGAGACCAUAGAAGAAGUCAAUGAUGAAAUAUUUAUGAAGGCUGUUGAGAAGUUCAAGCAGGAUCCUGAUGAUAGAGAGAUCUUUGUUAACAUGAGUUUCGCCAGGAGGAUGGUUUGGUUGGGUAGGCUGUAGGGGAUUAUGUCAAAACAAUAAUUUCCUAUUGGUUUAUGUUUAUUUUAAUGUCUUUGAACUAUGAUUUGGUACUAUUCUAUUGUUAUUUAAUGUUGUUAAAUGAUGGUUUAUUAUUAUUUUAUGGUAAUAUUUUAUUUAUUUAUGUUGAUAAUGUCUUAUUUAUGUUAAUAAAAAGCACUAUUUGAGAUCAAAUUUGCUGUU